CGAACAGAAUCGUCUUUCACAGGCCUGCUAACCGAAUAUUUUGCAGAUUUUGCACUAGAUGGUGGCUGUACAAAGCAGAGCUAGAUUCUACAACUAGUAUAAUCCAGUGACUCCGACAAGGAGCUGCAUGUUCCGCUGGCCUUGAUAUUCACGCCAUGUCUGCUGCUGGUUACGUGAGUGCUGAACUCUGCUCAUCAGCGCUGUGUUGUUUGAGGAGGAAGCGACGAGUCCCCCUGUCAAAAAGUGAGGAAGAGUCUGCCGUUAUCACGUCUGAAGCCGCCAUAGGCCAGAAGACCGGAAACGGCGUGACGUUGCUUACGUCCUCAACGAAUCCAAACAUCACUUUCAUGUCCCAGGAGAAGUCCUUCUUGACGAACGACGUAUCCACAUCGAACCAUAUGAAGUCUGUGUCAAGAUACGAGCCCCCACAGUGUCCUGUGAUGCAUCAUGGGUCAACAGCUGACAAAGUGACCUCUUUGAAGAACUACCUGGAUGGAACCGUUACCGUGGACAGUCUGCAUGACAAACAGCUUCAGAGCGGUAUCUGUUCAGAAAAUGUAUGCAUGGGUUCAACAAUGCUGAAUGACGACAUGAAACACCCUAAGACGCCUAGACCAAGAGAAGAGCUUCUUAUCCAUGCCAAAGACUUCAUGGACCAGUAUUACACUUCUCUAAAAAGUUUUAACUCUGAACGCCAUAGAAGGAGGUGGGCAGAAGUUGAAGAAGACAUUCACGCAAUGGGAAUCUAUGACCUGACCUUGGAGGAGCUGACUUUCGGUGUGAAGACAGCGUGGAGAAACGCUCCGCGGUGUAUUGGACGAAUCCAGUGGUCCAAACUGAAGGUGAUGGAUGCUCGUCACGUGUCCACUGCUCGCGGGAUGUUUGAGGCCAUGUGUUCCCAUCUUGAGUACGCCACCAAUAACGGUAACCUCAGGUCUACAAUCACGGUGUUUCCCCCGCGUAGAUCCAGGAGAGAGGACUUCAGGGUAUGGAACAAUCAGGUUAUCCUGUACGCCGGCUACCGUCAACCUGACGGUAGCGUCAUCGGCGACCCCGUCAACGUCGAGUUCACUGAGAUAUGCGAGGCACUGGGAUGGCAGGGCAAGGGAGGGAUGUUUGAUGUGUUGCCAUUCGUUGUAUCGGCGGCAGGCGAAGACCCAGAAGUGUUUGACAUUCCCGAGAAGCUUGUGUUUGAAGUGCAGAUCAAACACCCAAAAUACACGUGGUUUGAGGAGUUAGGUUUGAAGUGGUUUGCAUUGCCGGGUGUGUCAAAGAUGGUGUUUGACUGUGGUGGACUUGAGUUUCCCGCAGUCCCUUUCAACGGCUGGUACUUAAGCACGGAGGUUGGGGCCAGGAACUUUUGUGACGUUGCAAGAUACAAUAUAACGGAGAAAGUUGCUACUAAGAUGGGUCUAAACACUGAGACAAGCUCCUCACUGUGGCGCGACCGUGCCCUAGUGGAGGUCAACAUUGCCGUGCUGCAUAGCUUCCAGUCGGCAGGUGCGACGAUUGUUGACCACCACACAGCGUCCGAAUCCUUCAUCCAGCACAUCCAGAACGAGCAGCGCCUGCGAGGGGGGUGCCCCGCUGACUGGGUGUGGGUGGUGCCCCCGAUGAGCGGUAGUCAGACGGAGGUGUUUCACCAAGAGAUGAUGGUCUACAAACUCAAGCCUUCCUAUGAGUACCAGGAUGACGCGUGGGCCUCUCAUGUAUGGAAAGACAGGAACCUACAACAAAGAUACCUUGAUGCGCGACAGAAAAGUCUGGCCAAAGCUCAGACCAAGGCAGUGGCCAGUCAUAUCAACUGUGUCAUCUUGUACGCCACGGAGACCGGCAGAUCAGAGCGCUUCUCAAAUCGGCUGUGUCAGAUAUUCAAGCGAGCGUUUACCACCAGGGUCGUGUGCAUGGAGGACAUCGACCUGACUGAGUUGCAGCAGGAGGACCUCAUCCUCGUCGUCACCAGCACCUUCGGCAACGGCGACGGCCCGGAGAAUGGCGAGCCUUUUGCCAAGAGCAUGGAGAAAUACAGACAGUCGGAAUCCCUUGAAAGAGGAGGACCGCUAAAAAACAUCAGAUAUGGAGUGUUUGGACUGGGGUCGAGGGCCUAUCCCAAUUUUUGCGCGUUCGGUCACUUCCUGGACUCGCUGCUGGGCGACCUGGGAGGUCAGAAGAUCCUGGAGACAGGAGAGGGGGAUGAACUGAGUGGACAGGAUCAAUCCUUCAAGACCUGGGCCCAUCACGCCUUUAAGGCCUCCCUGAGAGAGUUCCGGGUCGAGGGUGACAUGGACAUGGAAAGCCUGGACGACCACCUGUCCAGCAGCGACGACACGUGGACGCCCGACAGAUACCGUAUAGCAGAACUUCCUGACGGGGACGAGGGGGACCUGUGCACAGUUCUGGGCAAGCUGAACAGUAAGCAAGUGGUGCCGUGUAAGGUCCUCGAGAGAAGACAGCUCCAGUCCUCCUCGUCUCCGCGGCAAACUAUCCUGGUUCGGCUGGAGACUGAUUCUACCAGUGCCAUGAAUUACAGCCCAGGUGAUCACCUCGCCAUAUUUCCCUCCAAUCCACCAGAAAUGGUGCAAGGUAUCUUGUCCCGACUGCACAACGCGCCCCUUGCCGGUCAGAUCAUGCGGAUAGAAAUGAUGAGGGAGGAGACAAAAGCGCGAGGCAUCGCGGAGAUGUGGGGAAUAUGGGAUAAGCUGCCGUCGUGUUCUCUGAGAACCGCCUUCACCCAGUACCUGGAUGUGACCACGCCCCCGACCCAGGAUCUCCUGAAGAUGUUGUCCACUGUGGCAGACAAUAACCAGGAUCAGGACAGACUGGACAUGCUGGCCACUGAUUCCAACAUGUAUGAUGAAUGGAGGGACACGCAAGCGCCGACUGUCCUGGAAGUGAUGAAGGAAUUCCCCUCCCUCCGGGUACCCGCCACGCUGCUGGUCACGCAGCUCCCCCUCCUGAAACAGCGCUACUACAGCAUCAGCUCCUCUAACGACGCCCACCCCAACGAGGUCCACGGCACCGUCGCCGUGCUCAAGUACACGACUCAAGGUGGCGCUGAACACGAGGGUGUGUGUUCCGGUUGGCUGAACAAACUGGAGGUCGGACAAGUCAUCCCGUGCGCCAUCAGAGCCGCCCCCAACUUCCGUCUCCCAGAAGACAAGACGCUGCCGGUGAUGAUGGUGGGGCCGGGGACAGGUAUCGCCCCAUUCAGGAGCUUCUGGCAACAGCGGCAGGUGGACAUGGCCAAAGGACAUAUACCAAGCAACGCCAAUCGACGAGGCUGGGGUGACAUGAGGUUGUAUUUCGGGUGCCGGGCGUCCAGCCUGGAUCAUAUCUAUGACUCGGAGCUGGCGGCCAUGAAGAAACAGAGGGUGCUGAACGACUACUACGUGGCCUUGUCCCGAGAACCAGGCAGACCCAAGAUGUACGUCCAGAACAUGUUGAAGCAGAACGCCAAGGACGUCUACAACACCAUGGUCAAAGCUGGCGGACACAUCUACGUCUGCGGUGACGUGGAAAUGGCUGAAGACGUCAAGCAGACACUGGAGCGAAUUCUGAGUGAGCAAGGGAAGAUGUCGCCGGAAGCAGCCAGAGAAUAUGUUCGUCAAAUGCGGAGCGUCAAGAGAUACCACGAGGAUAUAUUUGGUGUAGUCAAGAAAACGCAAGUGGAAAACAGGUCACCCGCCCAGACAAGUAACGUCGGGGAUAACGAGGAUUGGAUAGAACAACUACCGGAUCCUGUCGAUGAGAGCGGAAAGAUGGAGCCCGUCUUUCCCAACACGACCCAGUUUGUACGGCGGGCAGUCCUCAAUACGUCUCUAAGUUCACGUGAUGGCUUCAGCACAGGCGUGAUUUCCAACUAAAUGCCCUGGUAGCAUAAGGACCGGAAGAAGUUCAAAUGGAGAUAAUAGACAGACCAUCUUCGCGAUGCCAACAUCCAAAUGGACAGGAUUGUCAAGUACUGCCCAACUGAGCUUUCAUGUCCAUUGUGAGUGGACAACCCAAUGCAAUGAUAUAUGUAAUCUGUAAAUAACGAGAUGGUACUGUAAAUAACUGGAUGGUGUGUCUUUAAUUUAUUCGCAUACCCCUUAAAUAUGUAUUGUUUUUAAUGUUAACCUCUUAACGAUAUUUGAGCGGUCAACGUCAUGACUGCAACGAUCCAAGGGCCCGUUUCAGAAAGCGAUUGUAGCGAUACGAUAAUCGAUUAUCGUCAUUCCCUUUCUUUAACGUAGAGUUACGACAGUUGUAGCGCUACGGUGGCUUUGUGAAACAAGGUCAAGGCCACCAAGUGAGACCACUCUAUUCAAAUUACCGCAUAUAGUGCUAUUCUCAGAUACAUAGCGCGCACUAACAAGUUCAUGUUAGUGAGCGCUAUGUAUCUUAGCAACAAAGAGGCACCUUGUUCGCAUCGGGUUCGACUUUUCGCACAAACUUUAUCGAUAUACUCGAUAAACCAAUAUAACAUACCUCAAUUCUAUUAUCAUACUAUUAUCAAAUACUUCGGAUGAUUCGCAUCAAUGAAAAGACCCGUGCAAAAAUAUCACUUUGACUAGCAGGAGAAAUUCCGUGCUGUGAUACCAAAUAUGGCGACGUUACCAAGGAAACGAAGCAAUCAUAGCGAACUGGUCCAAAUCAUGUGUCGUAAUGGAAAAUAUAUUAUAUGUAAUAUAUAGUUAUAUGAACGUCCUCUUAAUGUUUCGUAUUAUAUUUAUAUGUUUUGUAAAGUUCAAAGCAUUCAUGACUAAUUAUGUUUAAUUUUAUAUAUCUUUUCCUAAGGGUCCGGGGGUUCGCUGGCCUCUUGUAGCACUACUCAAAACACUAGCUUAGCGUAUAUUCGGUCUGAUAAAGGGUACAUGGUGAUGGAAUCAUACUCAACAUAUCAUAAGACUUGUCCUGCUUUCGGGAUCUUUAUUUUAGUGAUAAAACACGUAAUACAUGAAAAAUAACACAAAAGCUCACCAAAGUGUAUGCGUUGAUGUGUUCCAUAAUUAAAUAUAAAAUUCAAUAUUAGAAAUUGAAAGUAUGAACGUUUUUAUGAAACCAUUUUCAUUCGAUUUCAAGCAGAAAUAUAAAUAUCCGUCAAGGACCUAAACAUAACUACCUGCUAUCGACCCUUAUAAUGACCCUUUAUUGUGCGUCAUGCAUGUAGUAGGAAUAUAUAAAUUCGGGUCCAUUCGUGUCCCAUAAUGAUAUUCCACAAUGGCGUUCCACAGUGAUGUUCCACAAUGGCGUUUCACAGUGAUGUUCCACAAUUAUGUUCCACAAUGGUGUUCCACUGUAUUGAUAGAAUAUGUUGUAUGUUGAAGCAAGUAGUGAUGUCUAACUUCACAUCAAUCUACUAUGAACUGUGAUACAAAUUUGUACAUUUCUCUGACACAAUAUUUUAAAAAAGAUAUUAUCUGUCCAAUAUCAAAAGCAUCCACGCCACUGUGAUACAUUGAUUUAUAGCAGCGUUAGAAUUAUUACGAUUAUAAUCCCCGAAGCCGUUCCACAAGCCAAUGUUAACUCUACGAAAGUCUUUGGUCAAGCAUAAGGUCUUAGAUCACAACGUGAAAUAAGUCUCUGGUAAAUAUCGUAUAUUACGUAUGUAUUCAGGGAAAGUCUGUAACAAUAUGAAUGUAUGACAUUAUUUAUAAUUGUAUGGAUACGGACAUGUACUCGUUGUAUGGAUAAGUAUAUGCACAUAUACUCCACGUCAUAUUACCGGAAACAAAGGUAUAUUAUAGUAUGACCAGAAAUUAUUGAGAAUUUUAGGAAUAUGUUUAAUUGGAUUUCUAGUAUAAACAACCUUGACCAGCUAUCAAGUGCUUGGUUUCAUUCAA